AUGUUAAGAGGCAACGCGAUUUGGUGCCAGUAUGAUAUGGCUGAGCGCCAACAGGAGGAGAGGCAGCAUAGUUCUAUGCGUUCGUUCUGCAGGCGCUUUCUUCAGCGGCAGAAGGAACCUCUGCAGACGUUUGGGGCCGGCUUUGGCAACACGUCUUUGACGGGCGCCUCGGAGCGCGUCAUUUCGCUGCAUGCGCAGUACAGAUUUACGCAGCUUCUGGACUUUGUUUGUCGGAAGGAGAUGGUGCGAUGUCGCGGGCUCCCCUCCUUCUCCGCCACCCGCACUAUUUUUUCUAGCCCGCUGAGGAUUUUCAUCAUUGGCUCCGCGGGCGUCGCAAGAAAGCUUUUGGUGAGACACUUUGUUGGGUCACAGGAGGGUGGCGGGAGACUGCUGCCGACGACGGGGUUUGUGCGCUACGAGAAGAUGGUGCGCCUGACGGCAGUGCGACGGGGCACGCCAUGCUCCACACCUACGGCACGCCGGGUGAGCCGUGCUUUGAGGAUAGGCGGCGGUUUAUUUGCCCCAACCGCCACGCGGCCGGUCUCUGAUACGGCACGCGCCACAAAGUUCCGCUUGCGGAGGCGGCGGGUGUGA